CGCUGAGGGCCAAACUAAAAGAAAACGCGCUUCAUAAUCCCGUUUUACCCACAAGGAAACUAUACUAUAAAGUAACCUUUUUAAAAUAAACCCGACCAAAGUGUAGAUUGUUUUUAAUUAGAAACAACAGAUGGCAGAUAAACCAAGCAGCUGUCACCAGGUGGACUACAGACCAGCCAACACCACAGGCCGGUUUCAUUGGAUUAAUUCUCAGGACACACUGAGAAAACACUGACUGAAUGGGGUCAGUGUAGUGAAAAAGUCCUAUAACUAAACAUAUUGCUGUACUUUUGUCAUUAGAAUUGUGACUUAAGCAUAUUAUUAAUACAUGUUUAGACUGUAACCUGUAGGCUAGGCCUAGGCUAAAAAAAAGAGUGAAUUUGAUGCUUUUUGUUGAUGUUUUUGUUUUCUUAAGAUUUAAAUAGAUUGAACCUUCAAUUAAGUGUUUAUAGAAGGAUUUGACAAGCAUACAAAUCAGAACGGGCACAUACAUUUAAGGUAUGUGAAGGGUGCAUCCAACAUUAAUUGGAUUAAACAUGAAACAAGAAAAGUUUUACAUAUAUUUUUAUUUUAUGCUUUGCUCACAUUAAAGUCAACUGUACUUUGUACUGUAAAUCUGAACUCAAAUCCAUUCCCCUAUUUAUAUCCCUUAUUUAACUGCAUUUACUUGAAAACUUGUUCAGACCAAAUUAAUGAUUGAAAACGUAACAUAGGCUUUACACUUACAUACACAGUUUAAAUCUGUCUGUUGUUAUAGCCUAAUGUAUUUUGAAUAUUCAAAAAAAAAUUAUUAUUCUACUUUGACUUUUUCUUGAAUGUCUAAUAUAGAAAAAAAUAUAAUAAUGAAGAUCUAGAAAUGACCAUGAAUAAAGUUUCAGGGGUUAAAAAAAAGUGUCUGCUUCGUGCGCAGAUUUACAAGCGACUCGUUGCGUCUUUACAGAGGAAGAGGUCGAUCCAUGUAGUUUAAAGAGCUGCGGACUGCAGAAAAGAGUUGCAGCGGACCUGAACGCACCCUGCUAACACUGCUAACUAGCCUGUCCAUGUAAACAACACAGAAGGAUGUGAUUUUAAAGUCUUCUUUUUUUAUAGUCUCUGUUCUUUUUUCGCUCACCAUGACGCAGCCGGCAGAGAAAGCUUAUUAUCGCUUUGUGGUGCUGUUCUUCAACUGCCUGCUGACAUUUGGCUCCUACUUCUGCUUUGACAUGCCCAGUGUUUUGCAGGAUCAGUUCCAAGGGAACCUGACAUGUCCCAAUGCAACAGUGAUCAAUGGGACGGUGGACUGUGUGGAGGGAUUGGGGAUGAGCCCUCAGCAGUACAAUCUUCUUUAUGCCAUCUAUGCUUGGACGAAUGCAGUUGUGGUGAUCCUGGCUGGGUUCCUGAUUGACAAAUUAGGAAACCGGUUUGGAGUAUUUCUGUUCUCCUUUCUGUGUGUUUUGGGCUCGUCGCUGUUUGCACUGGGUUCCCACUUCAAAGGAUCUCCCUAUCUGCUGCCACUUAUGCUCACAGGCCGACUACUUUUUGGAUCAGGCAACGGAUCUCUGACCAUUGUUCAGAACCGCAUCACAGCCUUUUGGUUCAGAGGGAAGGAGCUGGCCUUGGCUUUCGGUCUGACCCUGGCUUUCUCUCGCCUGGGUUCAGUCCUGAACUUCUUCCUCACCCAGAAGUUUGAAGAAAAAUAUGGCAUGCAGUGGACACUCUGGGGUGGUGCACUGCUGUGUGUGCUGGGCUUUAUAUCUGCCAUUGUAGUCAGUGCCCUGGACAAGAUCGGUAUGACGCAGCUGGGUCUUGAUGGUGCCAUUCAAGAGGAGUCCCGCAAAGUGAGGAUUCAGGAUGUGAAGCUCCUGUCCCUAAGAUACUGGCUGCUGGUUCUCACCAUCAUGUUCUUCUACAACGGCAUUUUCCCGUUCAUCGCAGAUGCCAGUAAGUUCAUUCAGGAUAAGUACAGUGGCUACAGUCAGAAGGAGGCGGCCUACAUCGCCGGGGCAGUUUAUGACAGCUCACUGGUCCUCUCAGCCACCGUGGGCAUCCUCAUAGAUUAUGUGGGCCUGCGGGGCAUUUUCGCAGUGGCCUGCGCUGUCCUCACGCUGCCUGUGUUUGGACUCCUGGCCUUCACCUUUGUCCCUCCACUUGUCUCCACCAUAUGGCUCGGAGUCACCUACUCUUUUGCUGCUGCAAGCAUGUGGCCUUCUAUUCCCCUCGUGGUACCUCAGGCGACUCUGGGAACCGCCAUGGGUCUGGCCACCUCCGUACAGAUGGUUGGGAUUGGGGUGUCCAAUCUGGUUGUUGGGCAGAUUCUGGGCACCAAGUCCAGCGAAACAAAAAUUCCGCUGUGGCGUUGGCAGAGGAUGAUGAUCUUCAUGUUGGCUAACACUAUCAGCUGCAUCGUCACGUCAGUGCUGCUCAACACUGUCGACCACAGACAGGGCGGGACCCUGAACAAGACAACCAAGAGGUCAGCACAGGCAGAGAUAGAUUCAGACAGAGAGCCGCUCAACCAGGGAGAGGAACAGCAAGAGGAGGAGGAGGAGGAGGAAGAGGAAGAGGUGGUCAGAUCUCCUUCUAUCAACUCCUAAGUUUGAACAUCCCCCCCCCCUUUUUUUCCAGCAACACAACAAUUUGUAAUACAUUCAGUGUGAAUUACCAACAUACAGAUGUUUGCCUGUCGUCUAUUUUUAAUAAUCUGUGUUGUAAUUUGGUUUGAGUGAGAAUCAGUUAUGGAGUACACAGUCUUAGUGUUUCCAUAUAUGUCAGAAAUGGUUGCCAGGUUUUAUAAAAUGUACCUUAGAGCCACCCAGCUUCUAUAGCACCUAUCUUUACUUUCUCCACACGUCCAAACCUCACAAGUUCUCCAGCCGACUGGACAUGUGUGGGAGAGGCCACCUGCUUCCACUAGCCGUCUAGCAAUUAUGGAAGCAAAAGGAAUAGUAUUCUGGUAAUGUCUGAGCCCUUUCCAGGAUCAGGGGCCCCUCCAAGCCAUUAGGACAACCAAGUAUAUCGUAUAGAAGCUUGCCAGUGAAUUCCCUUAUCCAGACCCUCAGACGCUCCUGUGAUACAUAAGUUGCAUCAACUUCCCCCAAUUUCCAGAUUAUCAGUCUUCACCUGUAAUUUUUUUAUAAUCACUGCUCAACUGUGCCUAUCGCGUCUCCAUGGCAUCCAAGUAGACUUCAGAAUUCUUCAGCCCUUUUGUUAUUUUGUUUGCCACUACAUUCAUCCAGGGAAAUUUUAAUCAGAGAGAGGGCUUGUUUUGAUCUCUUCUCGUAUGCCACUGUUCUCUCUGAUUGCUUGUAGCACCUACAGUGUUCUUGCUAAUAGCCUCUGAGUUGCUAGCUUGCAUGGCUUCAGGAGGUUCGGGAGGCAUUUCUUUGUCCAAAAACUGACUCAAAAUAUCUGUUCAAGUAUUUAGUCUAAGAAUUUAAUAUUUGUACAUAUGUACAUGAUGAUAAGGUGUUUUCUGUUUUUAUUUCCAUUUUAGAAGUACAUAAUAAAUGAUGAUGAAGCUUCUGCUAAGCCCAGCUAUAUUUUGACACACUGUAAUUCUAAUAAUUUUGGAAAUAUAUCCAGACAUACACUAUAUAGUGGUAGCGCUUGGAGAUUUGUGUGUCAUAGAAAAAUGGACUAUUGGCCUUGGUGGAGGUCUGUUCUCUGUGAGUGCCUUUCUAAUUUUUAUAUGUACAAGGUUUCAAAUUGAACUUGGUUUAUAACUGUACACCUCACUGAAACUACAUUUGUCUGUAAUUGCUACAGCAGAUAACUGAGCAGUGUUAAUGAAUCAGAUCCCUGUUAAUGUUGCAGGUAUAAUACGGGGAAGAAGAAAAUCAACUUUUUUAUUUAGUUAUGAGUUUAUUUAAACUGAAACACAAUCUAUCAAUCACAUUAUCACUCAGCUAUCUCAUGUACUGCCAUAACUGACUGUGUGAAGCUUACUGAGGACACUAGAUAAUUUUAAUGUAGUGUGAAAAUGCAAAUCACACAAAUGCCCCCCCCACACACAACAAAACAAGUGUUUGUACCUCCUAUCAUGGUUUAAGAUGUCAGCAUGUACUUUGAGAAGGGAAUUUGAUGUUACAUUGCCCAAACAGCAAAAAUAAAAUGCUGUUUAUCUUUUUUGACAAUC